AUGCAUCGCACUUAUUCAAUGCGCCAGUCGCGCGUUCCGACCGCCUCGCAGAUCGAGAACCCCCCACCUCCAGUGUCCUCGACCAAAAGCAACCGCUGGCUAGGAAAGGGCGGAAUUGGCCAUGCGUUCCGCAAAAACGCUGCCGGUGCCUUCGGGCCCGAUCUCGCCCGAAAGCUGUCCCAGCUGGUCAAGAUGGAGAAGAAUGUCAUGCGCAGCAUGGAGCUCGUUGCGCGGGAGCGCAUGGAAGUCGCUCAACAACUGUCUCUCUGGGGUGAGGCCUGUGACGAGGAUGUUUCGGAUGUUACCGACAAGCUCGGUGUGCUGAUCUAUGAGAUCGGCGAGCUGGAGGACCUCUUCGUCGACCGCUACGACCAGUACCGGGUUACGAUCAAGAGCAUCCGCAACAUCGAGGCGUCGGUCCAGCCCAGCCGAGACCGCAAGCAGAAGAUCACCGAUGAGAUCGCCAAGCUCAAGUACAAGGACCCUAACUCGCCGCGCAUCGUGGUUUUGGAGCAGGAGCUGGUCCGGGCCGAGGCCGAAUCGCUGGUGGCCGAGGCGCAACUGUCCAACAUCACCCGCGAGAAGGUCAAGGCAGCCUUCCAGUACCAGUUCGACGCUCUGCGCGAGCACUGUGAGAAGGUCGCAAUCGUGGCCGGCUACGGCAAGCACCUGCUUGACCUGAUUGAUGACACUCCUGUCACCCCCGGCGAGACCCGCCACGCCUACGAUGGGUACGAGGCCUCCAAGGCCAUCAUCCAGGACUGCGAGGACGCCCUCAGCAACUGGGUCACCUCCAAGGCGGUCGUCAAGUCCAACAUGUCGCAGCGCUCGCGCACGCUCUCCCAGCGCCACCGCAACAACAUCAACAAGAACCGCGACGGCAUCGACCUCUCCGGCCAGGAUCAGCCCAUGACCGGGGACCGGGACUCUUGGCUCCCCGCUGACCAGCACCCCAGCUACCAUGAGGAUGGCGAGGAUGGCGCCAGCACCCUCGAGGGCGAAGUGCGCGGCCGUGAGGAGGAGCGGGAGCCCAUUGCCGCCUAA